AAAAACAUGUACUGUUUAAAGUUUCUCGUGUCUAUGGUCUUUUUGAUACUCAUCUCCCAAGAGGAAAAUGAAGUAUCAGCAGCGCCCUGUAACUGGAUGUGGGAUCACUUGCCCACUCACACACCCCCCACGACCGCUGCUCCUCCAACAACGACAGCCAAACCUGACCUUAUCGAGGACUUUGCGAGGUUGAAGAAGAAAAAAGUAAAAGAUUGGGACCAGCUGUUUGGGGGCCCGCAAAUUAAGAAUCCGUCAUCCCGGCCUAGAAAUCCAGCGAAAAGAAUUAUUUCACGUUAUGGGAAAAUAUUAGCUAAGUUAUUCAACAUGUUAAGUGUAUAAAUAAUAAUAAACAGUUUUAAUCUCUUUUAUUUAUUAAAUUAUUAAAAGAAGCCUAUUCAUACCGGCGUACCCUACCUUGCCUCCCUUAUAUGUCGCGCAAGACAAUAGCCAUCCUACAGAAAACUCCAAUGGUAUCUUCCUGUCGCCUUAAUUAUUAUUUUUAAUUAACAUUCCAGUUAAUCAUAUACAAGUUAGCUUAUAUAAAAAUCUCAAGCUUGAAAACUUAAAACAGUAAACAUUGUUCACAAUUAGUUCUAAGAGAAUAAAUAAAGAUGCUAAAAUAAUACAACCAGUGAUUCAUUAUUUGUUGAAUGUUAGGCACCGUAAAACGGGGUAAAUAGAAUUUGAAGGGUUAUUGGACAUGUGGACACACAAUUUUUCUAGUGUCUAUUCACUCCUCUUCGGAGUCUUUUUAAUGUAUAAAAACUUUUAGGGUAACAUAGUACAAAAUGCAAGUUUCUAAAAUUAAAUUAAUUAGAACAACAAAUUAACAUGAAGGCCAAAAUGAUAUGUAAUAUUUUCUUAUGAUAAGUACACCCCACCGCACUUCAAAUCAGGAUUUUGUGACUUUCAGGUUGCAAUAAGUUAAAACUUUGCCGAAUUACCUGGCCAACGAAACAAAAUAAAACAAAAAAAAUAAAUGUAAUAUAUUAAUUUUAAUCAGACUCGUUUCACAACAUAUAUGAGAAACUUCCACUCACAGAUUUAUUUUACAACAUUAGUCGAAAUUCUUACAAAAAAUUUAGGCUACGGCAACUAACACUGUACAAUAAACCCCUGCACUCGACGACACAUAGUGCCGUAUUAACAUUAAUACAAUAAAAUGAGCGUGAUUUCAAACUUUAUACAAAAUAAAUUGCGUUGGGUCUGCUAAAAAUAAAUAUUAAAACCCCAACUUGGAAUAUUUCAAGUCAGUACACGCAUUGUAAGAUAAGUAUGAUAAUUGAAUAAAAUUUUACAGCUAUUUUAUCAUACAUGUAGAUAAGAGAGGACUGGAACAGAACACACUAGAACACACUAUGACGAACUAAGGGUUCUUCGAGUUCUUGCAACUAUAACAUGCGCACACGCACAGCACGCGCAACACGCUCACGAAUGUACCCGACGAUACGUAUUGUCUUUACACACACAAUGACACAGUUUACAGCUCAUCGUGGUCCUCCUGUAACAAAGACAAAACCAAAUUAGAAUGCAAGGUCAAUAAUAAAAUUAAGCGUAAGUAAAACGUAGUUCCUCAACAAAGUAAACAAAAGGCGACUAUAUUGCCAACACUUCGAGGUGGUGAAAAUUCUGACUAUCAAGAUAUAUUAGCUGACAUAAAAUAAUGAACUCACCACUGGCGCGGCAUCACCGGCUUCAUCAUCAAGAUCCUCAUCAUCCAGAUCUUCAUCAUCAGGCUUCUCAGCCUUCUCCUUCUCCCUCUCAGCCUCAUCCUGUUCACUCUUCAUCUUCUUCUCACCCUCUAGCCUCUUCUUAAGGGCUUCGCCACGUUCAGCGGCCUCCUCAAUGCUGUCACCGAUUAGGAAGUUGUCGAAGAUGGUACCAGACUUGACCUGCCAUAAGUCGAGACCGACUGCGCAAAGUUCGUCGCGCUUGUAAAGGUUUGCGUCAGGAGUGUAUUCAGGGUUGUCGAUCUCAGGGUGUACCCACGGUCCCUUGUAAGCGGGGUUGUCGAUCUGUGAAUGAAGAUUGUACAUUAGAACAUGAAAUAAGACGUAAUAUUUUGAACUAUUGC